AUGCUCAGGCUCAAAGUUUCCUCACAACCAGGCUGACAGACAGACAUGCCGCUGUGGAGGGGACUCAGAGACUCCCCAGAGGAGCGCAACAGGGCCGUGGUGGUGUCUGUGGCCAAGUUUUACCCCGGUGUGGAGUUAGGUAAGAGGCCCGGGGCAGAAAAGGAUGCCAAGAGGCUCCACCGCAACCUCAGCAAGCUGGGCUUCAAAGUGGACCUGCACAGCGACCUGAGCGGAGAGGAGAUCUACCAGCUGUUCUCUGCAGAGAGCAGGCGGCCUGUGAAGGACUGUUUCCUGGCUGUCCUGUCGUCUCACGGGGAGGAGGGCUGCGUGUUCGGAGCGGAUGGGGAACCCGUCCGUCUGUCUCGUAUCUUCACAUUCUUCGACAAUGAAUGCAUGGAGAAAAAGACCAAACUGUUUCUCAUUCAGGCCUGCAGAGGACACCACCUGGAUGACGGAGUGGAGGUGGAUUCAGCUCAGGAAGAGUCCGACAGCAGCUUCUCUCACUAUCUUUCUGUCCCCACGGACACGGCCGUGAUGUACGCCACGGCGCCGGGUUAUGGCGCCUUCAUGAACUUCUCUGGAUCAGUCUUCCUUCAGACGUUCUGUUCAUUACUGGAGGAGGAAGGUCACUGUGAGCUGGAGCUGACCCGGCUGCUGACCCGGCUCUCCCACAGGGUGGCCUACAGCUUCCAGGCCAAAGGGCGGCUGUAUGAUGGGAAGAAAGAGAUGCCGUGCUUGGUGACCCGACUGACCAGAGAAGUGUUCCCGUUUGCGGACUCAGAGGAAGACAGCAAAGCUGGGAAGAUAUCCGCCACAUCCCUGGUCUCCCUGCGGAGUGUCAGAGCACGGAUAGCCUCGCUCAGUUAGAGAGCAGCAGGUCUGGGUGGGAUCCAGAAAUGUUUGAUGUUACAGGACUUCAUUCAGCACUUCUGCAGAAGUCUGAAGGAAACGCCAAGUUUUUCCUCUACCUAAUGCACAAUCAGAUCGUUAAAGUGUGGAAAAGUUGAUGUACUUUAUUUAAUGUAUGUAAUGUAUGUUUGGUUAAUAAAGUAAAAUAUAAAAGUUUCAUUUU